AUGCAACUGUCCUGCAACAGUACACCAGUGACAUUUCACGGCUUCUCCUCAGCUAAACCAGGCUCCUUCCUGGUGCCAGGACCCUUUAACAACAUGGAUUUGGCCCAGCUUAAAUACAAAAUUACAUCAAUUGUCGGUGUUACUUGCACCUUUGUUCUACUCUCUGGCUUCCCAAUUAAUUCUUGGGACUACCAGAGCGUGAUUCCGUUCGCGCUGGGCGGUGCAGGAGUGCUGCUGCUCUACCAGCUGCCGCAGAGGGUCCGACAGAGGGCCUACAUCCAGGAUGCUGUGGUGGUCAUCACCGGGGCCAGCUCUGGGCUGGGAAAAGAGUGCGCCCGGGUGUUCCACGCGGCAGGGGCCAGGCUCAUUCUGUGCGGGCGGGAUCACGCGCGGCUGCAGCAGCUGCUCCAGGAGCUGGGGGAGGCGGCAGACGGCAAAUGGAAGAUGUACAGCCCCAGCACCAUGACCUUUGACCUGUCUGACACGGCGACGGUGGCCAGCGCAGCGGAGGAGAUCCUGAAGUGUCACGACCACAUGGACAUCCUGAUCAACAACGCUGGCAUCAGCUACCACAGGACGGUCCUGACCACCCACGUGGACGUUCACAAAGAGGUCAUGAGCAUCAACUACGUUGGCCCGAUCACCCUCACUCAAGCCAUCCUGCCCUCCAUGGUCCAGAGGCGGAGCGGACACGUUGUGGUCAUCAGCAGCGUCCAGGGCAAGAUCGCCAUCCCUUUCAGAUCAGCCUACGCAGCCUCCAAACACACCACCCAGGCGGACGCCACCCAGGACGCCACCCAGGACAAGACCACGGCGGAGGGGCGGGACCCGCGGGAGGUGGCAGAGGCCGUGCUGAGGGCCGUCGGAGGCAGGAAGGCGGACGUCCUGCUGGCCGGGCUGCUGCCCACCCUGGCCGUGAACAUCCGAACCCUGUGCCCCGCGCUCUUCUUCAGGCUCAUGGCCUCCCGCGCCCAGAAGGAGCGAAGGCCGAAAGAGGACUGA